CUUUACCAGACCCGCGCUUGACUUGAUGCUUCCCCGGAUUUAUUCCAACCAUCGCAUCGCAUUGUUGGACAUCUCGAGCGAAAGUGAACUGGCGCAGAAGUCGGCGUUGUCACCAUGGCGAUUCGCGAAGACAUCGUUGCGUCUGCAGUUACAUUUCUGCAGGAUCCCAGUGUCGCAGGAUCUCCGAUUGAGAACCGAAUAGCCUUUCUGCAAUCGAAGAACUUGACCCAGGAGGAGAUUGAUAUCGCACUGGCAAGGGCUGGAGGCGAGUCGGCACCAGCAAACUAUUCAAACUAUGCUCCCCAACAACAGCAAGUAAUACGUCAACCACAGCCAGGAUAUGGCGGAUAUCAGCAGCCUCCAUGGCAACAGCCACCUCCAGAGAUACCAAAGAGGGACUGGAGAGACUGGUUUAUCAUGGCAACGGUCAUGGGCGGGGUUGGCUAUGGGCUAUAUUUCGUAGCAAAGCGCUAUGUCUAUCCGAUGAUUGCGCCUCCUACUCCACCACAGCUCGAACAAGACAAGCAGGCCAUCGACGAGUCCUUUGAGAAAGCAUUCUCACUUCUGGACCAACUUGCAAAGGAUACCGAGACUCUCAAGUCCUCCGAAAAGGCGCGAACCGAACGACUUGAUGCGGCUCUUACGGAAGUGGAAACGGUUAUCAGCGAAUUGAAGACCGCAAGCAGACGACGCGAGGAAGAGUCGAGAAGAAUAGGCGACGAAGUCCGAGGACUUAAGGAUCUGAUACCCAGAGCAAUGGAAGGACAAAAGGAGACUACAGAUACCAGAUUAAGGGAGCUCAACACUGAGUUGAAGAGUCUCAAAACUUUGAUGGGCCAAAGAAUGAACCCUACAACGUCAGUAAGCACAACCAACUCCUAUGGUCGUCCUUCGGGAAUUGGAGCCUCGAGUGUAUCUUCGAAUGUUCCAACAACAACCACAUCAUCUAUCGGCGGAUCUUCAACAACAGAAGCAGUCACACCAAAGCCAGCUUCCGUCAGCAACGGAACUGGCAGCGAAUCUGUUGCAUCCGGUCAAAGUACCGUUACAGGUCGAAGCAGUCCCUUCAACACCGGUGCACCAGCUGGAAAGGCAGCAAUCCCCGCCUGGCAAAUGGCUGCUGCAAACAAGAGUCUCAACGCGGGCAACACAACUAUUACCGGUAGUGGAUCUCAGGAGGCUAGCGGAUCUGCGUAAAGGGAUAAAGGAAUCUCGGGUCUGGGACGAAAUGCAUGUGAUGGCGUCAAAGGGUGGCUGAAUUUACGAUGAUUAUAUAUUCAAUGUAUUACUUCUCAGGGCCAAAUAUAGCCAUAAUAACGAGCCAGUCGCAG